CCCCCUCCCCUCCCGGGAUCCCCCGGGAUUCCCCACCCCUCCCGCACCGCCGGGGACCCGGCUGGCCUGGCGCGAGUCCCUGUCCGGGACCCUGGCUCGGCCCCCAGGUUGGAGGAGCCCGGAGCCGCCCUAGGAGCCACAGCCCAGCAGCGGCGGCGGCUGCUGCCGUGAGGGUCCAUGCUUGUGAUUCUCAAUGGAGAGUGAAAGCACAGAUUCAUAAUGAAAACCAGCCCCCGUCGGCCACUGAUUCUCAAAAGACGGAGGCUGCCCCUUCCUGUUCAAAAUGCCCCAGGUGAAACAUCAAAAGAGGAGCCUAAGAGGCCCCCAGCCCAACAAGACCCUGGUGAAGCACAGGCCUCCAAGGAGGAGGCAGCGUCCAAUUCUUGCAGGUUUCCAGCUGGGAUCAAGAUUAUUAACCACCCCACCAUGCCCAACACCCAAGUGGUGGCCGUCCCCAAUAAUGCCAAUAUCCAGAGUAUCAUCACAGCAUUGACCGCCAAAGGAAAAGAGAGUGGCAGCAAUGGGCCCAACAAAUUCAUCCUCAUCAGCUGUGGGGGCGCCCCCACUGACCCUCCAGGACCCCAGCCUCAAGCCCAAACCAGCAAUGAUCCCAAGAGGACAGAAGUGAUCCCCGAGACCCUGGGACCAAAGCCUGCAGCGAAGGAUGUGAAUCUUCCUAGACCACUUGGAGCUCUUCCUGGGCAGAGAGGGGAGAGCUGUGGUACGUGGUCUGCCAGGCAAAAGGCUGGUGGUGAGGCAGCAGGCUGCACUCUUGACAACAGCUUGACCAACAUUCAGUGGCUUGGAAAGAUGAGUUCUGAUGGACUGGGCUCCUGCAGCAUCAAGCAAGAGAAGGAGGGAAAGGAGAAUCGCCACCUGGAGGCGAGUCAGGUUAAGGUUGAGGAGCCCCCGGGAGCAUCGCCAUCCUGGCAGGACUCUGUGUCUGAGCGGCCCCCGUACUCUUACAUGGCCAUGAUACAAUUCGCCAUCAACAGCACCGAGAGGAAGCGCAUGACCUUGAAAGACAUCUACACUUGGAUCGAGGACCACUUCCCUUAUUUUAAGCACAUGGCCAAGCCAGGCUGGAAGAAUUCCAUUCGACACAACCUUUCUCUGCAUGACAUGUUUGUUCGAGAGACAUCUGCCAAUGGCAAGGUCUCCUUUUGGACCAUUCACCCCAGUGCCAAUCGCUACCUGACUUUGGACCAGGUGUUUAAGCCACUGGACCCAGGGUCUCCACAAUCGCCCGAGCACUUGGAAUCACAGCAGAAGCGGCCCAAUCCUGAGCUCCGCCGGAACGUGACCAUCCGAGCCGACCUCCCCCUGGGCGCACGGCGGAAGAUGAAGCCGCUGCUGCCCCGCGUCAGUUCGUACCUGGUGCCCAUCCAGUUCCCGGUGAACCAGCCGCUGGUGCUACAGCCCUCGGUGAAGGUGCCACUGCCCCUGGCAGCUUCCCUCAUGAGCUCAGAGCUUGCCCGCCAUAGCAAGCGAGUCCGCAUUGCCCCUAAGGUGCUGCUGGCUGAUGAGGGGGUAGCCCCUCUGCCCACUGCAGGACCAGUGAAAGAGGAGAAACUCCUGCUUGGAGAAGGGCUGUGCCCUCUGCUUCCAGUUCAGUCCAUCAAGGAGGAAGACAUCCAGCCUGGGGAGGAAAUGCCACACUUAGGGCGGCCCAUCAAGGUCGAGAGCCCACCCCUGGAAGAGUGGCCCUCGCCAUGCCCGUCUGUCAAAGAGGAGCUGUCUCAGUCCUGGGAGGACUCGUCCCACUCUCCCACUCCAAGGCCCAAGAAGUCCUACAGUGGGCUCAAGUCCCCAGCCCGGUGUGUCUCGGAAAUGCUCGUGAUUAAACGAAGGGAGCGGAGGGAAAGGAGCCGGUCUCGAAGGAAACAGCACCUCCAGCCUCCCUGUGUGGAUGAGCCCGAGCUGGUCUUCUCAGAGGGCCCCGGGACUUCGCGCCGAGCCCCAGAGCUCGCUCUCCCCUCAGAGUCCUCUGCGCCUGUCUCCCAGCUUGGCUACUCCCAGGGGGAGGAAGGACCUUUUAAGACACCCAUUAAGGAGACGUUGCCCAUCUCCUCCACCCCAAGCAAAUCUGUCCUCCCCUUGACCCCUGAAUCCUGGAGGCUCACACCCCCAGCCAAAAUCGGGGGGCUAGAUUUCAGCCCAGUACGAACCCCCCAGGGUCCCUUUGGUCCCUUGCAUGACUCCCUGGGGCUGACAGAUCUCAGUACCACCCCACUGAAAAAUAUCCCCCUUUUUGAUUCACCUCAAGAGCUCCUCAAUUCCGAGCCUUUUGACCUCCCCUCUGACCCCUUUAGGAGCUGUUCCCCCUCAGAUAUGGAGGUCCCCAAGCCAGGCUCCCCUGAGCCACAGGUUGCCAGCCUUUCAGCCAACCGUUCCCUCACAGAAGGUCUGGUUCUGGACACAAUGAAUGACAGCCUCAGCAAGAUCCUGCUGGACAUCAGCUUCCCUGGCCUAGAGGAGGACCUGUUGGGCCCUGACAGCGCCAGCUGGGCUCAGCUCAUCCCUGAGCUGCGGUAGAGAUCUGUCCACUCCCGGGCACUUGUGGGGCUGGGCCUGGGCCGUGCAAGGCCUCUGUGUAAGGACAGCAGGCAGGGCCUGUCCGCUCCUCGAGCCCCACCUUGCCCGGUUAUGCCAAGGCAGACGUCACGCCAUAGCUGCCACAGGGCCCUCUGCAAGCAGCAAGGCCCUGGUGCCUGGUUUCUGCUGCCCUGUGCUUCCCGCGAGGACCUGAUUCCUCCCUAUCCCUGCUACAGCUGGACGGUGGGCGUAGCAAAGACAAAGGGGAAACAAGAUUAGGAAUUCCUCAAACUGUGUGUUCUGUGCCCAGCAGUCCCUUACCUUCCCUGUUCCUUGCAGGGGGGCCCUUGUAAAUAGUGUAUAUUCUCCAAAAUUAUCCUCUAAUUAUAAAUGUAAGCUUAUUUCCUUAGAUCAUUAUCUAGAGACUGCCAGGUGGGUAGGAUGACAGCGGUGUCAGUUGGCUUCUGUUCCUUGCUUUUAGUUCCUAGAGAAGGGGGGGACCUGCGGUGCACGGUUUCUUCCAGGCCCGAGGUACCUGCCUCAAGGGUUCUUUACUGUAGGCCCCCAGACAGGUGGAUCUGCUUGCCAGGGUCCCUCUUAUUGCCCCUCCCACCACCUCAUGUUUCCAAGUCAGCUUUCCCACAAGAAGUCCUUGUUAUGAGGUCUCUUGUAAUAGGUCAAGUUGAAUUGGGGGUAGGGGGUGGAUGCAUCUAAAGCAAAGAGUGGGUGCCCAGAUGUGCACCCAUGAGAUGUUUCUCUGAUAAUGUCCCUAAUCAUGCCAGGGAGACUAGCAUUGAUGAGAACGUGGCCCAAGGUGUGAGAAGGCGGAAAGGGCCCUGACCUGCCUGGCUUCCUUAGCUUGCACUGCAGCUUUGCAAAGAGCUACCCUCGGCCCCAGCUGACCACGUGCCUGGGAGCCAGCUCGAGAACACUACUGUAACCACUACUCAAUAAAAC